GCAGCGAAGGGCGGGGCAGGGGCUGAGGUCCUGGGGCUACAACUCAGGACUUGUGCCCAACCGCAGUCUUCUAGCUGCCUCCUAACAGGCUGCGGGCGUGGUACAAGCAUAGGGACGCCUACCUGACAUGAUCCAGGCCGCGGAGUGCAUUUCCAUAGACAGCCGGAAGGGACGGGCAAAGACUUGGCUCCUACAGCAGCCUCAUUGUAGCUUUCGUCAACCUUCUCCAUCACCGGCCUCGAUCCCCCGCCACAGGAACCCAUCCCAGCUCUAAGGACUCCCUGGCUUCUGAUAUAGUCUCUGGGCAAGAAGGCCUGGUUGUAGGAUUGUUAGAUGACCAAGAGAUGAACUGUAGGGCGCCUCAGAGACUGUUUGCUCAGUGGGCAGAGCAGAUGCUAAGAGAGGGGUGUGUGGUAAGACUGGUUGUCGCCAUCUUUCUGAGGCUGUCCCUGACACCUGAACACAAGGUGAGUCCAUUUCCGGGCUCAGGGUCUGGAGCUUGUGCCAGUCAUCCAGUCCAACCCAUGGGGCCAUAUCACCGCUGACAGCCUCGCUCACGGACCGGGAGACGUGCAGACCAUAUUUCCAGAGCUGAAGGACUGAGUCAUAGGACUGUGUGAAGGAAAAAAAGGAACUUGCACAGAGAUACCCCUGCUCAUUAGAAGAUGAGUGACCCAGAGUCAGAUUUCAACCUUAAAGUCGUCCUGGUCAGCUUCAAGCAGUGUCUUACUGAAGAGGGGCAAGUGCUGCUGGACCACUACAUUACCAGCUGGAAGGGGCUAGUCAGGUUUCUGAACAACCUGGGUGCCGUAUUCUCAUUCAUCUCCAAGGACGUGGUCUCAAAGCUGCAGAUAAUGGAAAGUCUGAGGAACAGCCCGCAGUGUGAACACUACACCAGCUUACAGUCCAUGGUCGCCUACGAGGUGGGCAACAAGCUGAUAGACCUAGAUCGCCGCUCGCGGCCCCGAUACCCUAACUCAGGCUGCCGGACUGUGCUGCGCCUGCACCGUGCUCUGCGCUGGCUGCAGCUGUUCCUCGAAGGCCUGCGCACCAGCCCCGAGGAUGCUCGUACCUCCACGCUCUGCAGUGAUGCCUAUAAUGCCACACUGGCUGCCUAUCACUCCUGGAUCGUACGUCAAGCUGUCACUGUGGCCUUCUGCGCCCUGCCCACACGAAAGGUCUUCCUCGAGGCCAUGAAUGUGGGCUCCUCUGAGCAAUCAGUGGAGAUGCUGGGAGAGGCCCUACCCUUCAUCGAGAAUGUGUAUGACAUCUCCCAGAAGCUCUUUGCUGAGCACUCCCUGCUAGACCUGCCCUAAGGGUGCUUCCCCAACUCAGAACUGGGCUUGGGCAGCCUGGGACCUCUCCUGCAGCAGUGCUUUCUGGAUGCUGCUGUCCCCCUGAAAGCUGGGCUUGUCGAGGGCCACAGGCUGUGAAGAGAAAGGUGGCAGCAGCUGAACCAAGUGAGGUGGGUGGUAGCCGUGCUCUUGGUCCAGGACAAGACCAUUGAACUCCAUUUUCGCCCUCUGCUUCAGUUAUGUGUGUGUUCAGUCAGGCCUUACUGAAAUUAGAUGGCACAUGGAGAUGAUGGGGGAGGAGGGCCAUGUUCUACCUCCCAUGUGUGGAAACUGAAACGGUUUAAGGGCACAGGUCCCUGGAACUGAGGUUCUGUCUCCCCACAGUCAACAUGCCCAGUCAGUGCAUAUCCUUCCUGUGCCCAUCUUGAACCUAAGACAUGGCAUCAGUGCCAGAUAAACAGCCCUGGGCCUACAUGCCUGGGUCCCCUUCAUAUUCCAGAAGCUGUCCUUGGGUAAGAUGAGGCUCCUUUGGCAGUGACACGAAUACCGAAGACCCUUUUCCUUGCCCUUCCCCUGCCUCCUUGUUAGCCUCUCGGCGUAUCAAACAGGCCCUUGUCUCCUUGGAAAUGGAGACCAUUGAAACUGCUAGCUGAGACUUCCUCAGAAAAGCGUGCUCUGGUCAGUGCAGCCUGCUUCACAGCUUCUGCAAUACAGUAUCAGCCUUCAGAAGGUGGCCUCCCCCAAGACUAUAAAAUAAAAUAUAAUACUAAUUGGCCAAA